CAUCCUCAAUCCCAACUCCGGCUCCUCUGGCUCUGCUGGCUUCCCCUGCUGCUUGCGAUCACAUCCUUCGUUGCGGCCACAGUCCAGCAACUUCCUCGGGAUGCCUCCCAACAUCCAGAUCAACGUGCCCGUGGCCGAGCCCACAGCCAGCCUCGACUCUGACUAUGUCAUGUCUCGGCCAGAACGCUCCCUCACCCGCCGAUCGAUCCGCUCGGUACGGUCAGGCAAGAUGAGCCUUGGCAGACCCAAGCCCGGGACGCAGUUCCUGGGUGUCCAGGUCCAAGACGAGCUCCAGAGCCAAGGCGUCCAGACCCUCCACCAGCUCUUCCGGGAUACCCCCAACGUCGCCAUCGCCACGGCCGACCCCAGCCGCAGAACCCUCACUCACCAGGCGCUCAAGUCGUUCAUCUCCAGCGGCCUCGACAUUGAAAAGUUUGGCCUGCUGCCCAAUGCCCGCAUCGGCAUUGCUCUGCCGGAGGGCCCCGAGCUCGCCGUGUGCCUCCUGACCGUCAUGACCUAUGCCACUGCCGUUCCUGUCAACUUCAACAUGACCGACGAGGAGAUCUGCUCCGAGGUCUCGCGGCUGGGCUCCAAGGCAAUCGUGCUGCCUGCCUCUCGCCUCACGGAUGAGUUCCUCGACAAGCUGAGCUGGCACAAUCUCUCCGUCCUGGUCCUGACGCCCUCCACCGAGGUCUGCGGUCUGUUCACGCUGCAGAUCCAUGAGGGAUCCAAGCACGAGGAUCCGCUCAAGCGCUUCUCGACCAUGUUCAGUGCCCGCACCAACAACUACUCUCGCCUGACCGACUACGGCAUGGUCCUCGCCACCUCCGGCACCAGCGGCAACAAGAAAACCGUCCCCUAUACCCUGGAGACCCUGAUCGUCGGUGCCCGCUGCGUCUCGAGCUCAUGGAAUCUCACGGAAUCCGACGUCAACCUCAACAUGAUGCCCCUCUAUCACGUCGGCGGCAUCGUCCGCAACCUGCUUGCCCCCAUCCUCAGUGGCGGCGCCGUCAUCAUCACCAAGGGCUUUGACCCCGUGGUCUUUUGGGAGCUCGUCGACGGCAAGGACACCAGCGUUCGCCCCACAUGGUAUUACGCCGUGCCUACGAUGCACCAUGCCAUUCUGCAAGAGGGCGGCAGCCGCGAUGCGACCAGCUGCGGCAUCCGCAUGAUCGCCAAUGCUGGCGGCGGCCUCCUGCCGUCGCUGGCUGAAGAACUGCGUCGCUUCUUUGCCUGCACGGUGCUACCCUCCUACGGCAUGACCGAGUGCAUGCCCAUCGCCACUCCGCCACAAGGAUAUGCCCUCGAGCGGCCUGGAACAUCUGGCGUCUCCGUCGGUCCCGAGAUUGCCAUCUACGACUCCGAAAGCAACCCGUGCUCGCCGUUUGUCGUCGGCAACAUCAUGGUCCGUGGCGCACCCACCUUCGGCGGAUACGAGAACGACGUCGCCGCCAAUGCCAACUCGUUCACGCGCGACGGCUUCUUCAACACCGGCGACAUGGGCUACCUCGACAACGAUGGCUAUCUGUAUAUCACUGGCCGCUCCAAAGAAGUCAUCAACCGAGGCGGUGAGAUCAUUUCUCCCGUCGAGGUCGAGGACGCCGUGAUCAAGCACCCCAAGGUCCGCGAAACCAUCGCCUUUGUCGUGCCGCAUGAUGUCCUGCAAGAGACCAUCGGUGUGGUCAUAGUCUCGACCAACCCAGCCUCCAGAGUCGACCUGGUGCAGCUGCAGAGCUUCGUCUCCAAGAGCCUCCAUCCCUCAAAGUGGCCUCAGCUCAUCGUCUACAUGGAUGCCCUCCCCAAGAACCAGAACAACAAGCCCCUCCGCAUCAAUCUGGCCAAGCGCUGCGGCAUUCCCGAGCAAACCGACCAGGUGCCGAUGACCCGUCGCCUGUGGGAUGCCGUCUGCCCACCCAAGACAGCGUCCCUUCAAGAGCCGAUUCCGACCACGCCGGUGGUCAUCUCGUACGAAAGCAGCCUCAAGCAUAUUAAGGCCUUCCCCGGCAUCGUCGACGCCGUCUAUGUCAAGACCAGCCCCGAGGACGACGACAUCACCAUGUUUGUGCAGACCUCGCUGAGCAUUGGCGAGCAGGACAUUCGAGAGUCACUCGCCCCGCUGGUUCACUCCUACGAGAUUCCCAAGGACAUUAUCGUCGUCGAUGCGCUCAAGAAGAACCCUGACGGCUCAUUCGACACCGAGGCUCUCCAUGAGAUCAUCCGCAACAAGGGCAUCGACGAGUCCAAGCUCACCGAGGUCGAGCUGGGCAUCUAUGCCAUCUUCAAGGAGGUCCUGCAAGUGGACAAGGUUCCGAGCAUCAACUCUGACUUUUUCGAGCUCGGAGGCGGGUCGCUCAAGGCUGGCCGGGUCGUUGGCUUGAUCAGAAAGCAGUACGACGUCAACAUCCCUGCCAUGGAAAUGUUCCAGCACAGAACCAUCGCCAGCCUUGCUGCAGUGGUCACGGAGAAGCAAGUCCUCCAAAACUCGGCCUCCAACCGAGCUGUCAAGCGAAAGCUGAGCCAGAAGGCGCGAGUCAAGGGCCGCUCGUCGACCAACCUUGGUGCCCUGAUCUUCCAGCUUUUGCCGAUCACAGUGUUCCGCCCUAUGCAAAAAGCCAUCACCUGGCUUGUCUUUGUCAACUGCCUGCUUGUCCUUGACCGCUUCUUCCGCCACAUCACCACCGUCGCGGACAGCUUUGCGCGUGUCGGUCAACUUACGGCCGCCAUCCUGGUGGCGCAUCUGAUCAUGUGGAUUGUUAUGCCACUGCUUGCGAUCAUUUUCAAGUGGAUCGUUAUCGGGCGAUACAAAGCCGGAAGCUAUCCGCUGUGGGGACAGUACUACAUCCGCUGGUGGCUUGUCGACCAAGUGCUCCAUCUGACGGGCCGCGGCGUAUAUGGAUCCAGCCCGACCCUCCUCCGGAACUACUACCGUCUUCUUGGAGCCCGGAUCGGACGAAAUGCCACCGUCGACACCGCUACCAACAUUGGCGAGUUUGAUCUGAUUGAUAUCGGCGACAACUGUAUCCUGGAAAGCGCACGAGUCCGUGGCUUCUGCAUGAAGACAGGCAGAAUGGUCCUCGGCGAGAUUCUGAUUGGCGACAAUUCGGUACUGAACGUCAAGACGACAGUUGCCCCCGGCCAUGUUGUCUCGCCGGGCACGGUCUUCCCUCCACUCGGCAGCUCCCACGAGCUCAAGGACACCUCGCCUCGCUUCAAAUCCAUCGCCCGGUCGCGCCUUCGCUCGCCGCACUUCCUGACCGUCCUGCUCGUCGGCUGGCCGAUUGUCGUGAUCCUGAACCUGAUCGCCAUGGUGCCGUGGAUGGGAAUGAUCUAUCUCCUGACACAACAGCCAUUUUCUGGGUCGGUUUCGGCCGAUCAGAGCUCGUUUGCCCAGAUUGUCAACUACUUUGCGUCGCCGUACCGUAUCAUGUACCACUUUUUUGCCCUCGGGGUUCGAUCGAUCGUCUCGCCCUUCAUCUAUCUAUUCCUGUGCAUCGCAGUCAAGCGCCUGCUGAUUGGCAAGUUCAAGGCCGGACGACUCAGCAACACCAACUGGGAUGCCUUCCGCCACUGGCUGUGCAAGAAGCUUUUUGCCGACGGCACUCUCUGCGGUGUCUACCAUCUCAUCGGCCGCCACUACGAGCUCACCAGCAUGAUCUACCGCGCUCUCGGCGCCAAGAUCGGCAAGCGCAUCUACUGGCCCGGCACAUCCCUUCACCUCUACGAAUUCGACCUGUUUGAGGUCGGCGACGACGUCGUCUUUGGCUCGCGCACGCAUGUCAUCUGCACCGACAGCGAGGAAUCGGCCCACAUCCGGAUCGGCCCAGGCGCCAUGAUUGCGGACCGAUGCGUGCUCCUGCCUGGCACAACUGUUGGACAGGAGUGUGUCAUGGGAUCGGGAGCGCUCUCCAAGCCCCACACCGAGUAUCCCGCCGGCUCGGUCUGGAUCGGUAGUCGAAACGGAAGUGCCGUGCUGUGGGACCAAGGCGACCCCAACAAGCUCUCGCACGAUACAACCACACCCUUUGGCAAGGCUUUCUACAACCGCAAGGCCACCUUCCAUGUGAUCCCCAUGUGGGCAUGCGUGCUCUACAGCAUCGUCUGGGAGAUCUUCCGGUCGAUGUACUGGGGCCUCUCAAUCAUCGGAGCCAUCUUGGUGGCAGAUCAGUUCUACAUUCAAGAUAUCGACACAAGCCCCAUGCCGCAGGAUGUUGCCGGCUAUCUCAUCAUCAUCGCCUCGGUCAUGGCGAUCUUUAGUGUCCAAGUCUUCGUGGCGCUGUGGAUCGAGGUCGUGACCAAGUGGAUUCUCUUUGGCCGCCGCAAGCCCGGAUCGUACAACUGGGACCAGUCGUCGUACUGCCAGCGCUGGCAGAUCCUGAUCACCGUCAACACCCUGCGCGAGGAGCUCCUGGACUGCCUGCGUGGCUCAUGGUACAUUGUGGCGCACUUCCGAGCCCUGGGCUGCAAGAUCGGCAGUCGGGUGUGUCUCUAUCCGACCGGCGGCGACCCGAUGAUGACCGAGCCGGACCUGGUGCGCAUCGGCGACGAUGUCUGCAUUGACGUUGCCAGUGUUGUCUGCCACAUCAACAGCCGCGGCCAGUUCUCACUCAACCCGCUGGUCAUCGGCGACGGCAGUGUUCUUCGCGCCGAGUCGCGGCUCCUCUCGGGUGCCGAGAUGGAGGAGGACUCGACGCUGCUGGAGCACACCCUCGUGGUCAGCGGCGAGCUGGUCGAGAACGGCUCUGUCUGGCAGGGCUGGCCCGGCGCAAGUGUUGAGAUGACUGAGGAGGACCAGCGUAUGGCGACCGAAGUUGCGUCUCGCCGCCUCUCGAUGGUCGAGGCUCAGGAGUUUGCCCGCAGGAACAGCACCAAGAGCACCAGGAGCGUCCGCCGACGCACCAGCUAUGCCUCGGGCACAUUCCAAAAAUACUGAGCGUCACUUGUUUCUCCCCCUCCCUCGCCUUCCCGCCUGUUGGCGCUAUCACCCCAACUAUCGUAGCUUUGCCUUUUUCAUUUUGACUAGUUGUGCUUUGACCUCUAUUGCUCAUCUGAACGCAGCUCGUACACCAUAUACCUCCACUUUCUAUAUCUUGUCGCUCGUUCUUGAUCCAUCUUACUCCCUCCCCUCUCCAUCCCCCUCACUUGUCAGCCGUCCUGAGAGAUUUGGUCCGCAUCCGGAUUGCUGAAUCUGUCGCCUUUGAGCGACUCAUAAAAUGAAACAGGACAUCCCCGGUGUCAUAUAGAUGUGUCGGUCCUGUCAUCCCGACGAGACAACACAAGAGCUAUGGCAUUCAAGUGACUGGCUCACUGUACUGUGACUAUAACUUGGUGCGGAGAACACCCGUAAUGCAUUGAGAGCACGCCGAUCGAGCACACACUCCCAUACAGGUCCCUCUCUGAUAGUGGUCGAGCUACUUGAAAC